GAAAACAAAAAUAUUUUUCAAUCAUUUUCUUAAUAUGUGUUAAAAGUUUGUAAGUGAUAGUUAUAACAUAGGGAGUAUUAUCUUAUUAUGAAUCGCGUCUUUUUAUAGCAUUUAUACGUGCUUUUGAUUUUCCCUAUACCGUUCACUUUACACACAUAUAUAUAAACAAAUCAGCCCUCCAACAAACAACUAAAUAAAUCACAUUGAUAAAGAAAAAUAUAACUCUUAAAAAUCAUAGACACUAUGGGAGUAGAAGAAGAAGAAGGGUCAAUGAGUAGGAGAAGCAGUCUCUCGAGUUUCCUCAAAGUCUUGUCUUCUUACAACUCCAAUGUCCUCUUAGCUGCUCUCGUCUUCCUUCUCUUAGUCGUCCUCUUCGUCUUGCUUCUCCAUUUCUACGCCCGCUUUUUCUGGUCGCACUCCGACCAAGAAUUCUCCUCCGCUCGACGCCGCCGGAGAAGAAGAAGAAGAACCGUCACAACUACAAGAAUCAUACCUCCAGCCCCACUCGGAGGUUUCGACGGUGGGGUUUCUCCUGCUACUGAUGCUGCUGCAACAAGCGAUGACAAAGGUUUGGAUUCUUCAGUGAUCUCUUCGAUUCCUCUGUUCAUGUACGACGAUGACAAGAAAGACGAAGAAGAAGAAGAGGAGGAGUGUGUGAUAUGUCUUGGUUUGUGGGAAGUGGGAGAGUUGGGAAGAAAGCUGAGAACAUGCGGACAUGGGUUUCACGUUGAGUGUAUAGACAUGUGGUUGUCUUCUCACUCUACUUGUCCUCUCUGUAGAUCCCCUGUUCUCGCCGUCUCCGAUCAAGAAAAUCUCAGACCGGUCAUCAACGACGAUGUCGAUGUACUGGAAGAAGAAGAAGAAGAAGAGGAGUUUAGACUGCAUUUGUUUCCAGACGGAGAAGAUGAGAAUGUCGCGUCUCUUGCUUUGAUGGAAGAUGAUCUCAAAACAGGGGUUGAUGACUGUAACGGUGUCGGAGAAGGAGAGGUUAGAAUUGAAGUGUUGGAUGAGGAGAUCAGCGGCGGAGGAUCAAGAGGCCAUCGGAGAUCAACGUCUUCGAUGGCGUCGAGUUCGUUGAAGAGGAUGUUGAGUAGUAGAAGUAGACCGGAGUGUAGCAAGGUGUUCCCGUCGGCGACGCAAGAUUCAUCUCCGUAAAUUUAAACAUAUAUAAAUAAAAAUCUUGUAAACAGUUUUGGAAAUGUACUAAAAUGAAUAAACAAAGCCUUGUAUUAAUCUAGUUGAUUAAGCUCUGGUUGAAGCUAAUGAUUAUGAUGACUUGACUUGACUUGCCUAUGCAAAUCAAUACUACUUGUGCAACCAAAAGGCAAAACCAUGUAUCUUAAUUGUCAUUUCUAUGGGAUCUCGUUAUC